GUGUAAUCCUUAAAAAAGCUUUAUCUGGAUUUAAAUGCAUGCAGGAUGUCUGUGUCAUUACCUCCUUGAGUUUUGUGCUGUUCAACAACAGGAGACUUUUUCGCCUUUAGACUCAUUUAUUUUUUUAUUAUGGGGAACAGCAAAAGUGGAGCGCUUUCCAAAGAAAUUCUAGAAGAACUGCAACUCAACACCAAAUUCACCCAAGAGGAACUGUGCACGUGGUAUCAGUCCUUUCUCAAGGAAUGUCCCACAGGAAGGAUCUCCAAACAGCAAUUUGAGGGCAUUUAUUCUAAAUUCUUCCCAGACGCAGACCCCAAAGCCUAUGCCCGCCAUGUAUUUAGAAGUUUUGAUGCAAAUAACGAUGGCACGUUGGACUUUAAGGAAUACAUGAUUGCCCUUCACAUGACAUCAUCUGGCAAAACAAAUCAAAAACUGGAGUGGGCUUUUUCCUUAUAUGAUGUUGACGGUAACGGAACUAUCAACAAACUAGAAGUUCUUGAAAUAAUUAUGGCCAUAUUCAAAAUGAUAAAUACUGAAGACCAGAAGCAUCUACCAGAGGAUGAAAAUACACCAGAAAAGAGAACAAAUAAAAUAUGGGAUUUCUUUGGGAAGAAAGACAAUGAUAAACUCACUGAGGGUGAAUUCAUCCAAGGCAUCAUGAACAACAAGGAAAUUCUCCGCUUGAUUCAGUUUGAGCCCCUGAAAGUAAAGGAAAAGCUAAAAGAGAAAAAGCAUUAAAUGAAGAGCACCAGCCAAAACCAAUUUUCCUAAGACUGUUCAAUCAGCAACAUUACCUACUUACUAUACCAGCAAGACCAUCACAGAUUCCAGUGUUAUUUGAACUGAUCUGAAAUCCUUGUUGUCCUUAAUCUUCAUUAACACAAUACAUUUAUGUUGUGCUCUCUGUAUGAUAAUUAGGGCAACUAAUAAUCCUUAGAUUAUGGUUGAACCUUCUUACACUGUGAAGGUCAUAGACUAUAAUCUCAUUUCAUUAACUCCAGCUCUCUGUGCAUUUAAUACUUAAAUAUCUGGAGAAUGUGGAUUACUAAAGAAUAAAUAUUAUUCCAGCUAUCAACUUUAGUAAAUAUACAGACACGUCUCGCAACAUUUGCAUAUAAUAAUUCACUAUAACGAAUGGUACAAAAACGACACGGUCCGAGAUCUCUGCUCCGCUGGGAAUAGUCACAAGGAUAUUAACUUAAAAUCGCUCCUACAUUGUUUAACCAGAAAAAUAACAGAUAUUUUAUACGAAACAAAAAGUAAAUAUAAAUGCAAAAAUAAAUCAUAAUAAUAAUAAAAAAAAGUACAGGUAUGGGAUCCAUUAUCCAGAAACCCGUUAUCCAGAAAGCUCCAAAU